CAUGAGUUUAUGGUCUCACUGCGUGUCCUCUCUGGCGUCUGAUGCUCGGGGGUCAUUGUUUGCUCGUGGGACCGUCUCUCAGUCCCGGCCCCCCCUCCCCCACCCCCCUUCUCCUCCCUCUGCACCCUCCUCUUUAAUUAAGCAAUCCUGUUUAUUUAGGGAUUAAUUCGCAGCACUGAAUGGAGACAAAACCGCCAGUUUAUUAAUGGUUUUUUUUGCAACCGGCCCGGUUCAGCAGGCGUCCAACUGCCCGAAGCGUUCAGGGACGACCAAGAAUAAUGUGUGAGAGAGUUAAACUGAGGGCAGAGCUAUUGUUCACAGAGGAAACCAUUAUCUCCACGUUUCCAAAGCAUCAUUUUAAUACCUCGUCCCAUAACUGCUGUAUUAACUCUGUCCUGGGUUUCCAUCCCAUAAUCCUGCCAUUAAUAACCUUUGCAGACUUUGUUGCUUCUGCUGCUCAUUUGUGCUGUAAAACUAUUUAGUCCUCGGGGUGUUUCGGGGGAGGGGGAGGACUGCAGAGCAGUGACCUUCAACAUCUUGGUGCUGAGUUGAGCAGAUUAAAUGAACGAUUCUUCAAUGCAGCUAACAGCAGAUUGUACUUUAGUGGUCGUGACAGUUUGCUUAAUUAACCGCGUCAGUCGUCCUGCUGGAUGAAACUUAAUGCGUGUCGAUGACGAAUGUCACGUCGCGUCUGUGAUGCAUGAAGGAAACGUUGCUGCCUGUGUCUUCACGUCACUGAUCAUUUUCAUAUCUUCUCACUUGUUUGUAGUUUUUAUUUAGACCUCUGAAUCGCCACGACGUCUUUAAAUGUUUCAGAAAGAUAGCGACAGAAAAGAUGGUGACCAGCGUAGAUUCAACAAUGCUGACAUCGGCACAAUCCUUCGGUCGACUUGAGAAACAUGUUGGACUAUUCGUCCAUUGUGGAUUGAAAACCAUUUAUUUUUUACAAUCAACACUUGCAAAUGACACGGAAGUACAAAAUGUAAAAUAUACUUUGGCGUUUCAUUUUACCUCUUUAUUCGGGAUUUAGUAAAACACCUUCUUUUCUCUUUUUACCAGAUGUAGCCUAACACUGGCAAUGAGGGAGACGUUGAGUAGAUAAUGAAUUUAAAUCAUACCCUCUGAACUUAAGAGGCAAUCUGCUUUAAACUGACGUCUAACACUAUUACUAAAUAACACAUUCUUCAUGAAUGUACCACGUUAACGAGCUAGCUUCUCCUUCCUCUUGCUCAGGAUCUUGGAGCUGCAGGAGAAAGGCGACCUGGACGUCAUGAAGCAGAAGUGGUGGCCUCGCACCGGCCGCUGCGACCUCAACAGCCACGCCAGCGCCCAUCCCGACGGCCGCUCCCUCAAGCUCCACAGCUUCGCCGGCGUCUUCUGCAUCCUGGCCGCCGGCCUGCUGCUGGCCUGCCUGGUGGCCGGGCUGGAGGCUUGGUGGAACGGCAACCGCUGUCGCCAGGAGCAGCCCAAAGAGGUUACUAAGGAUUACAGACUGGCAAGGGUUUCUGGUCCAUUGACAUAUAAUGACAUUACAACUGCUUCAUCGGAGGGGAGGAGGGACAUUUGGACAGACAGAGAGAGAGGCUGGGAUGAAGCAGAAGCUAUUCAUACAGGUCAGAAUAGACCUCCUAUACAACUAUCACACAUAAAAUCUACAGAAUCAAGACAUAACUCUGUGCCGUCGCCGCGCUCCUCCUGUGUGUGCAGCGAGGACUCUUCUCCUGCCGCCUCGCUGAGUCAUGCAGGACUUUGAUUUAAGUAGAAAUACAUUUAUUAACUCCUACAAAGCUCCAUUUCAACCAUAAACAAAGUGAGACGAUUCACGUCAAAGAUCAAACAUCUAAUAAUCUUUAUAUUUAGUCACCUCUCAAUAGAGGUAGCAGGUGAUGGCACACAAAGCUUCUCCUGAAGUGAAGCGGAGACGUUUUGUUGUUAAACUCUCCGGUCGCUCAUUAAAACUCUCACCGAUAGAAACAAACGAGUUGCUGAUCACACGCGUUUCAUCUCAACACAAAGAAGACGUGAAAACAGAACGCUCGUCUCUGAAUUAUAACUGAUUUUAAUUUGGUUAUUUCCUUCUUUGCAGACGACACCGUAAUGAAGGAGUUAAUUCAACAGCGUCAGUAGAACCCGGAGGGGACAGAACCCAGAGGGUUCUACUAGAACCGUUCUGUUUCUCUGUGUUUCAUCUUUUAACUGUGAACACAUCUCAUCAGGACCUCACUGCUACAUGUUCACACGGCGACACACGAGAACACGCUUUAGUGCCUCUAAUGCAUCACAUGAUGAAACACAGCGCUGUACAGGAUGAGAUACAGUUACUGGUGGUUAAUAACAAUAAUUAUAAUAUUGUAAUUAUAGGUACUGAUCACUGAUCACACAGCUACUCCUAUUGACAGAAGAGAAGAAGAAGAGCUUCUAUCUCUGAUCACACUGUGACUCAGUCUCAAAGAUCUGCUGACAAACAUGAGAGAACACACGACAGAUAUAGAAAUCAGGGCUAACCUCUGGAAACAAUGAACUUCCUGUUGCUGCUUCACAAUAAAAGCCUCCCUGUUGUUUGUCGGUUUAAAGCAGCAGCAGGAAGUGUUCUGGGUUCUAUUACCGGUAAUAAAUGAUGACUCAGUAAUAACUACAGAGAGGUAAUUACACUAUACAUAAACAUAAAUGACAAUUUAAUUUGAAAUAAAAAUGUGUUUGAAAGGAUGAACAAUCUCAAAGAUUAUGACUUUAAAAAGAGAGAUUACAUCGAAAAGAAGGGAUGACUUCCUGCACUGCGACAUCAGUGUGUGUUACUACACGGUGUAAAUGUGUCAUGUGCAUUGUUCUGAAUAUCACUUGUGUCCCUGUGAGGAGUUACUGUGACUAAUAUCAUCGUACCUCUUGAGUUGUGAAGGGAAUCCAAUGCUGGAGCCAAGACGCGUUCAGGGACGCCACGCUUUGUUGUAAAGCGGACGGUUCAAAGUGUCUGCUAAGAGACGCCGAGUCAGCAAAUCUGCUUCUGAUUCAAUUGUUCUGGUAGAGAAACGAUUCUCUCAAACGCACCACGAAGAACAUGAAAUGAAUCUGCAGAACAACAACUUCUACCAAAAUAUAAGAAGUCACGUUUAGACCAAGAGACCGACGUCAUCUCACAUGAACGACUUUAACCCUCGGAACCCCAAAAACGAUCAGAGCGAUUAUUAUCACUGUCACACGCAAGAAGAGAGGAGGAGAGGAGAGAGGAGGGGAGAUAGAGAGGAGAGAGGAGAG